GGACGUUGAUCAUGGCAACACAUGUUGUUGAUGGUGGGGGCUGUACGCUACGCAAGCUAACUGCUGCAGAUAAACACUGACUGGAAAGUCAAGUGACAUUUUUAGCAGUCAGCAAUAAGGAAAGUCAACCAUAAGUAUAUUGCCAUCGAAGUGUUGUUUGUACUUUGUACUAAAGAGGUAGUUGUGAAGUUGGAGGAAACGGAAGGAAUUUUGCCCGGGUGAUUUUACUGGGACGGAGGGAGUUUCUACUGUAGUGAUUUUGUUUUGUGACUAUUCCGACUAGUGUUGGAAAAGAAAGAAAACAUGGUGGAGACAGCAGUGCGACCUUACGGUGAUCUCCGUCUUCACCUUCAAACCGACACAAAUGCUGGACCAAACAGCAUCCAACAAGUGGUUUUAAAUCGCCAGCAACGUCAGAUGAAGUUCCCACAUUUACGCGGCCGAUGGGACGUGGACAGUUUCCAGUGGCACUCCAGCCCCAACUUGGUGAAGUACCACGACGACACGCUGGCCCCAUUGAGAGACAACGUCCCGACCAUUGACCCGGUCUCUGGGUUCGUUUCCGCGGCCACAGACGUCGACCGUAACACAGGCAUCAAUCGUAUCCCAUCGUUACAGCAAGUUGACAAUACCCCAAACACGGUCACACCGCAGUCUCCUCGCCCGACGACCACCAGAGCUCACAGGGGGAAGGAAAAGGAAAAAGAUAAUGGAACAUUUGAGGCAAAGAAACCUGUAACGCCGCACUUUUCUCGUGCAAGGUCUAACCCAGAGAUGAGACUUGUGAGAAGCGAAUCAGAUGUGACACAUGUAUUGAAUGAUCCUGGAACAUGGGCAGGCAGGAAGAUCAGUGACGGCUUCAUUAGGGCGAAAUUAGGAGGUUGGACGAGCAAAGAAGAUCCGAGGCAAGCUGCUGCUGAACAAACACGAAUUUGGAAACAGCUACAUGAGCGGAAUAUUAAGAAUCAAGUUAAUUCUGUAGAUCGAUCCCCUGAUUGGAAAGAUGAAGCAGCUUUGAGAUACGUCUACACAUCGGCUGCACAGCGUGCCUCCGAAGAUGUCAGCUGGGACAGCAAACUGGCCCCCAAGGUACUCCCUCCGGCCUCAACGUUAGAGUCACAAGCUGAUGCAGUUUCCCAUCGCUUUUCUGUCAACAAAAGAUACGAUCCAAAUGCUGGGGAAUGGCAGAAUUUAGGAAGAUCUUUUGAUUGGUUCCAAAAACGUGAUGGCCACCAUACAAGAGGACCCAUUGAUUUCUGUAGUCCACAUAGAAAGAACAACCAGAUUCCAAAUUACACUGGUUGUAUAGGAGGGGAAGGUGAGAGGGAAGACCCUCAUAGAUUCUUCAUACCGUCGACUGAGCUUCGUACAUUGGUUCCAAAGUACACUGAGACUGCCAGGCGUUCAAAUAUCCCAGGUUACACAGGAUGUACUCACUGGUGCAGUGAUGAGCCAGCUAAUAUGAAUGUGGGCAUCCCCCAACCACAGACCACAGCUAGAGUACACAGGAGUUUACCUGCUCGCAUGAACAGGUCUCCACAUAAGCGUACAUCGAGAAUGUCGCGCAUGGUCACGCUAGUACCCCCAGGAAACCCCUUCAACACAAUCGAUAGAGACCAGAGAACACUGGAGCAGUACCACUGAAGAGGUUUACUGUUAGAGUAAGCAAGAAUCAGGGCAGUCUGAGCCAGUCAUCAGCACCUGGAUGCCAGGAAACUUAGCACAUCAUCAAUUUGCCUUGGAUCAUUGGCGCGUAGAGAAAAUGCUGUCUUGUCAUUAGGCUUAUCAAAUUUCCACUGCAGCUAUUGAUUGAAGACUUGUGAAGAUUAAUAUCUUUACGUGCUCCGAGAUCUUAAUAAUAUGAAUUUAUGAGAAGUGAUUUGUUCGAAAAGUUUGAAACUACACCAAAUUACAGGCCUUGAAUUACACCAAUGGAGGCCAUGGUCUUGGCCUUGGUGACCCUUCAAAAGUUUCUCAUGGGACUUCAACAUUUGCCAACAAAAGUGUCCUUUGCGAACUGAAAAUGGCCAUGCCCUCUUAAAGAUGAAACUCCAGGUCUGAUCUGUAAAGGGUCAAUUGGGUUUACUGUGGGUUCCAUGAUGCCUUCAAAAAGAUGGGUGUUUUUAGUGUGGGAUUCCACAGAGACUUGUAUAUUUAAGCAAAGGGAGAAGCGCUUACAAAGGAAUGGACAUUUUUACCCAAAUGAAUGUUUAAAGAAGGAAGUCAUUGAGUCAAGAUUUCAUUGACAGGUAUUUUCUUUUUGUCGCUGUGCAUGGGUGCUAUUGGUAUAUCCCUGGGUUUUUAAACAGCAAGGUUUCCUUAAAAGUCCUAAAGUUAUUUUUUGUAUUGCUACUAAUCAUGAACAAAUCUUGUUAUGUACAAUUAAUCAAGCUAACAAAAGAAGGUAUGCUCAUAAUUUGACAUGGGAGCCACUCAACAUUUUAAAUAUAAAAGGGAUUAAUAGUACAUGUAUAUUUUUUACAUAAAUGAUGCUUUGUAUCACAGUGUGCUUGAAUAUUUUACCUCCAAAUUUAUUGGACGAAAUCACAGUGUUUUAUUUAUUUUUCAUUUUACACCAGAUUUAACUAAGACCUUCAUCAUUAAGCGGCCAUCUUGUUUAUCUCAUUUCGUGGUGUGGUUU